AUGGCACAUCUUUUACUAUUUCUGUGCAUUAAUUCUAUUCAAUUGUAUUUCACUAUUUUACGAGUUGGAAAUCCUCCAAGAAGUUAUUUUCUUGAUGUCGAUACAGGGAGUGACUUAACUUGGAUGCAGUGUGAUGCUCCAUGCACAAGUUGUGGAAAGGGAGCUCAUGUUCUAUACAAGCCAACAAGAUCCAAUCGAGUAUCAUCCAUGGACUCUCUCUGCUCGGAUGUUCAGAAAAAUCAGAGGAAUGUGCAUCGCGGAAGUUUGCAACAGUGUGACUAUGAAAUUGAAUAUGCAGAUCAGAGUUCUUCCUUGGGGGUUCUUAUUAGAGACGAACUUCAUCUUGUAACUACUAAUGGAUCCAAAACCAAGCUAAAUUUUGUUUUUGGGUGUGGAUAUGAUCAGGAAGGCUUACUUUUGAACACAUUAGCAAAAACAGAUGGAAUCAUGGGACUGAGCAGGGCAAAAGUCAGCCUACCAUACCAGUUAGCAAGUAAAGGGCUUAUUAAGAAUGUGGUUGGUCAUUGCUUAAGCAAUGAUGAAGUUGGUGGUGGUUACAUGUUCUUGGGUGACGAUUUCUUGCCAUAUUGGGGUACGACUUGGGUACCUAUGGCCUAUACCCUUACUACGGAUUUAUACCAAACUGAGAUUCUUGGAAUCAAAUAUGGAAAUCGGCAAGUCAGUUUUGAUGCCGAAAGCAAAGUAGGAAAGGUGGUUUUUGAUAGUGGGAGUUCUUAUACAUAUUUCCCAAAAGAAGCAUACUUGGAUCUUGUUGCUUCUCUUAAUGAAGUUUCUGGGUUGAGACUCGUUCAAGAUGAUUCAGAUACUACUUUACCCAUUUGCUGGCAAGCAAAUUUCCCAAUCAAAUCUGUCAAAGAUGUCAAGGAUUACUUCAAGACCUUAACUCUUCGGUUUGGAAACAAGUGGUGGGUUUUGUCCACAAUGUUUCAGAUACCUCCCGAGGGUUACUUGAUCACUAGUAACAAAGGCCACGUGUGCUUGGGUAUCCUUGAUGGUAGUAAUGUAAACGAUGGUUCCUCAAUUAUUCUUGGAGCAGAAUUAGUGCCACUUGUUGAGUCACCAUUGAAAUCAAAUGCUAUUGAUAAUCUAUCACUAUUAGAACAUUUCAUUGAGAGGAUACUUAGUUGUAUCACACUUUCCAUCACUUAUCACGCGACAAACCCCCCACCACCAACAAUGCCGGAACAGCCGCCACCGCCUCCUCCUCCGCCGCCAUCACAACCCUUUUCGCCGGAGAACGACGUCGCAAUAUCCCCCCAAAACACCUCCGAAGAUCAAGACUCCUCCCUCCCCACCCAAACGACACCCGAGCCCGUCGUUCCGGACUCCCCAGACUCUACCACGACCCGACCCGACCCAAUUCCACAGCCACGAAAACGGCGCCGACGCAAGAAGUUCUUCACGGAACUCACUGCCACCUCCUCCACGCGCCGAAACGACGUAGCUAAGGACUGCGACGUGGAAGCCCUAAUCGCGAUCUCGGUGGGGUUCCCCGUGGACUCAUUAACCGAGGAAGAGAUCGAAGCGAACGUGGUUUCCACCGUCGGAGGCUCCGAACAAUCGAACUACAUCGUCGUUCGAAACCACAUAUUGGCGCGGUGGCGGUCAAACGUUUCUGUCUGGUUAACUUGCGACCGGGCCCUGCGGUCGAUCCGGUCGGAGCACAAGGGUUUGGUCGAAACCGCAUACCGGUUUCUCCUGGAGCACGGUUACAUUAACUUCGGCCUCGCCCAAGAGAUAAAAACCCUAAAGUUGAAACCUUUGGAUGAUUCGGAUCGAGGAACGGUGAUUGUGAUCGGUGCCGGACUCGCGGGUUUGGUUGCAGCUAGACAAUUGGUGUUUAUGGGGUUUAAAGUUGUGAUUUUGGAGGGAAGAACCCGACCCGGUGGAAGGGUUAAAACGAAGAAGAUGAGCGGUGAUGGUGUUGAGGCUGCAGCGGAUUUCGGUGGGAGUGUCCUCACUGGGAUAAAUGGGAACCCUCUUGGGGUACUAGCUAGGCAAUUGGGUUUGCCUUUGCAUAAGGUCAGGGAUAUUUGCCCUCUGUAUUUGCCUGAUGGGAGGAGUGUUGACUCUGAGGUUGACUCUAGGGUUGAGGUUUCGUUUAACAAGUUGUUGGAGAGGGUUUGUAAGCUCAGACAGGCGAUGAUUGAGGAGGUGAAGUCGGUGGAUGUGCCAUUGGGUACGGCAUUGGAGGCUUUCAGAAGGGUUUACAAGGUGGCUGAGGAUAAGGAGGAGAGGAUGUUGCUGAAUUGGCACCUUGCAAAUUUGGAGUACGCGAAUGCGACUCUGAUGGCGAAUUUGUCAAUGGCGUAUUGGGAUCAAGAUGAUCCCUAUGAAAUGGGGGGUGAUCAUUGCUUCAUUCCUGGGGGGAAUGAGACAUUUGUUCGCGCCUUGGCAGAGGAUCUGCCGAUUUUCUAUGGGAGGACUGUGGAGUGUGUGAAGUAUGGAAGUGAUGGGGUGGCGGUUUCUGCUGGUGGGAUGGAGUUUAGAGGCGAUAUGGUGCUUUGUACUGUGCCAUUGGGGGUGCUUAAGAAGGGGGACAUUGAGUUUGUGCCUGAGCUUCCUCAGAGGAAGAAGGAUGCUAUUCAUAGGUUGGGGUUUGGGUUAUUGAACAAGGUUGCAAUGUUGUUUCCUUAUAAUUUUUGGGGUGGGGACAUUGAUACGUUUGGUCAUUUGACUGAGGAUUUGAGUAUGAGGGGUGAAUUUUUUCUGUUCUAUAGCUACUCCUCGGUGUCUGGGGGGCCGCUUCUGGUGGCGCUUGUUGCUGGGGAGGCUGCGAUUAGGUUUGAGAUGAUGUCGCCGGUGGAAUCUGUGAAAAGGGUGUUGGACAUUCUGAAGGAUAUUUUUAAUCCAAAGGGGAUUGUUGUUCCGGAUCCGGUUCAGGCGGUGUGUACACGGUGGGGGAAAGAUCACUUUGCAUAUGGAUCUUACUCCUAUGUUGCUGUUGGGUCUUCAGGAGAUGAUUAUGACAUUCUUGCAGAGAGUGUUGGGGAUGGAAGAGUGUUCUUUGCUGGAGAGGCAACUAGCAAGCAGUAUCCUGCGACUAUGCAUGGAGCGUUUCUCAGUGGAAUGAGAGAGGCUGCAAACAUUUUGAGAGUGGCAAAGAGGAGGUCUUCAAUGCCUAGUUUUGACACAUCAAGAAGUAUCUCACAGGAAGAUGUUGAUUUGCACAAAUUGUUUGUGAAACCUGAUAUGACAUUUGGAAGCUUCACUGCUUUGUUUGAUCCAAAACUGAAUGAUCUUGAUUCCAAUUCAUUACUGAGGGUUAAAAUUGGAGGUGCUGUAUUGGGCUCUGGCAGUCUGUACCUCUAUGCCUUGCUUUCAAAGAAGCGGGUCGUUGAGUUGAGUCAGGUGGAGGGAGAUGAGAACAGGAUGAGAAUUUUAAACCGCAAUUUCGGUGUGAGUUUGGUUGGAAGGAAGGGUUUAAGUGCUGCUGCUGAAUCUCUUAUUGCCAGCAUAAAACUGUCUAGACAAAACUUUAAUGAUCUGGAAAAUGGUCUUACGGCUGGGAAAGAAUAUUCUUAG